AUGUCUAUUAGAGAAAUAGCAUUUGACCUGACGGUAUUCACACUGUCCAAUGUUAACGAUGCCAUAUCUUUCAAGCCUCAGCUGUGUUUCGAAGUACCCAAGCAGGAUUAUCAGUCCUUGAAAGAGAACUAUAUCAAUUUUACAGGCACUAGUAUACGGAAAAACCGGUCUAAGCUUUUUUUCUUGCCUACGAAUGUCAGUGAUGAGUUGCAGAAGCUUAAUCCCAGUAUACCAGAGGACGCGAAGAGGGUUCCGAGCGACGGGCGCGUGUACUAUAAGAAUAGACUUAUUACAGAGUUGGACUAUGAGAAUGUCAAGCGGGUAGAGACUGCGUGCGCUUUCAUCGCAUACACAGCAUUGAACUCAUUUGUGCAUUUUGAGACUGAGCUUCCACAUAGUGAGUUCCCUCAUGAAGACGACGAUGAAGAUUUGUCGCCUAGUGAUAGUGUUUCUCGCGCGCUAAGAAAAGGGAAUAUCGUUGGUUUCAGAGAACUCGGCCAUCUGGUAGGGAUUACACCUUGGCAUUUUCAUAGGGUUUUCAAGGUUAUCACAGGGCUUACCAUCAGGGAGUACGGGCAGUUGUGCGUGGAGUUUAUCAAGAAGAACAAGGAACUCGUCAACACGUGCAGGCUGCGUGUGGAAGAUAUGAAGAACAAGCAGCGGUAUUCCUGUUUGGAUGAUGAGAACUUUCUGCAGGACGGGAAUAUACAGUAUGCUGCUACGGAAAACGUUGUACUGUUGCAUGAGUAUUUCAUUGAUCCUAACAAGUCGAAAGAGUUUAAGAUUAAGAAGGGCGGUAACGCGAAUGCUAAUGCGAAUGCUAAUGCGCACCUAAGCGCGCAGCCCAUGGUCAAAAGUGAGUCUCAAAAUGAUUACCAAAGUGGUACUCAGCGAUCGGAGAUCAGAAAGAGAAGGUCUUCUGUCAUGUACGGGCGGAUGCAACGUGCUUCGCAGAGUUCGAUUACAUCGAACUCUUCUCUUUAUGACUGCCUCUCGUCGAGCAGAACAGACCUUCGUCAGUACUUAUCGCACGAUGAAGAUCACAAUUCAGAUAACGAGACAGAUGAUAGUAACGGAAGUGUGUUAGAACCGCCUACGAUGAAUUUUUUCUCCCCAGUCACGGCAGCGAGGUCUGUAUCCCCGCCCAUCAAUUCGCGAAAGGGUAGUAUCAUCUCUAUUGGAAGCGCAGGUGGAGUCACUAAACGUUCAGGUAAACGUAAGAGCGUAACUGACAUAAAUCUCGAUGCUUUGGCAAAUCAUCGAAGAAAUAGAAGCGAUGGUUGUACCAUGAAUUUAUCAUUCGAACCAUUACAACCGGGCUCCAGUCUCGACGCAAGGCUUUCACCUUCCCCGAAUCAAUACCCAAUAGAGUUUAACUCUAAUGUUUUCAAUACAAAACCUCAAUCACGAGUACCGCAAUUCGCAGCGGGCCCAGUGGAUUACGACCUAACGAACGAUUCAAUAAUGGCAGAUGUUUCUUUGUUCAACAACUCGCUACUAGAGCAGACUACACCACCAGCUCCACUUCCGGACCAGUACCAGAGUGGUGGGAAGACGGACCCUUCAAUGGACGACAUUACAAAUUUGCUCGAUAUCAAUAAUACAAACAGUUACCUGACAGAUGUUACCGCGCUUACACCGGUAAGUCAAAACAAGGGUAAAGAAUUUAUACCAGAGAUGCCUUUCAAUCCAAUUUCAAACGAAGAUGAUGAGUUACUAUUCGAAUCAGCUCUCGCUGCAGCUGAUUGUCUUGUGGUAUCAGAGGCAAAUUUACUGCCACAAUCGACAAGUGCACAAACUUCAACUGAUACUUCGACGGCAUUGAAUAUCAGUAACUUUGGUGAACUCAAUUUCUAA